AGCGAAACAGGAAGAAUGAUGAUGAAUACGUUGAAACGCAAAAGACAAGCGCAAAAGCUACCCUCAAUCCAGAAAGAACGAAUUAAGAGGCCAGAGAGAGACAAAAAGAGGACACCUUUUGCAAUUAAUGGCGCACCCUUGGAUAUUCUGAUCUCUCUCUCUCUCUCUCUCUCUCUCUCUGCGCGAUGGGAGCCUGUUGCUCCAAGCUCACCAUCUGCUGGUGGCACUCUCACCUCGAACCCUCCCUCCUCGAAUCCCCUACUCUCGAGAAGGGGGGCAAAAAUGACCGAAGCUCGUUAGCACCUAGCUUGAUCUGUGAGCUGAGUUUAAAGGAUCUUAAAGCUGCGACGAACGGAUUUUCGACGUACAACAUUGUAUCAGAGCAUGGGGACAGAGCCCCAAACCUUGUUUACAAAGGGAAACUUGAUGGUAACAAUGACCGGCAGAUUGCAGUUAAGCGCUUCCACAAGACUGCGUGGCCUGAUUCUCGUCAAUUUAUUGAGGAAGCAAGAUCCGUCGGAAAUUUGAGAAGCGAGCGGUUAGCGAAUCUGAUCGGGUACUGCUGUGAAGGAGAUGAGAGAUUGCUUGUUGCAGAGUUUAUGCCCAAUGGAACACUCGCGAAGCAUCUCUUCCACUGGGAUACACAGCCAAUAAAAUGGGCAAUGAGGUUGAGGGUGGCCUUGUACUUGGUUCAAGCUUUGGAAUAUUGCAGAAGUAAAGGGCGGGCCAUGUAUCAUGAUCUCAACGCCUACCGAGUCUUGUUUGACAAGGAUGGCAAUCCUAGGCUCUCUUGCUUUGGCCUCAUGAAAAACAGCAGAGACGGCAAGAGUUAUAGUACAAACUUGGCUUUCACUCCUCCAGAGUACCUGAGAACAGGAAGAGUGACGGCAGAAAGUGUGGUUUACAGCUUCGGAACCCUGCUGAUAGAUCUCUUGAGUGGCAAACAUAUUCCUCCGAGCCAUGCACUUGACCUGAUUCGUAUCAAGAAUUUCUGGACACUGAUGGAUUCUAGUUUGGAGGGUCAUUUUUCAAAGGAUGAUGCAAUGGAGUUGAUGCGGUUAGCUUCCCGUUGUUUGCAGAAUGAAGCUCGCGAGAGGCCAAACUCUAAGUCCCUCAUCACAGUUCUUAUGCAUCUACAGAAAGAAACUGAGGUUCCGUCGUAUGUUUUGAUGAGUAUUCCAGAUGGUACUCAAUCCACAAAACCGCCAUUGCCUCUGACACCAAUGGGUGAAGCUUGCUUCAGGAUGGAUCUUACUUCCAUACAUAAAAUACUGGAGAAGAUUGGCUACAAGGAUGAUGAGGGGAUUGCCAGUGAGCUUUCUUUUCAAAUGUGGACAAAUCAAAUGCAAGAGACAUUGAACUGUAAGCAGAAAGGAGAUUCUGCUUUUCGAGCCAAGGACUUCGCAACUGCUGUUGAUUGUUACACUCAAUUCAUCGAUGGUGGAACCAUUGUAUACCCGAGCGUGUUUGCUAGGCGCUGCUUGUCUUACUUGAUGAAUGAUAUGCCACAAGAAGCCCUUGCAGAUGCUAUGAAAGCCCAGAUGGUUUUCCCCGAGUGGCCCACCGCCUCUUACCUUCAGGCAGCCACCCUCUUCAGCCUUGGGAUGGAUUCGGAUGCCCAAGAAUGUCUCAACGAUGGCACAAAUUUAGAAGCCAACAGGAACAAAACUUGAAUAUAUAGAGAAUUUAUUCCCUUUUCCUCCAUUUCUUCUGAUCUUUUUGCUUUACCUUCCUUGUAUCUAUAAUCUAUCUCAAGUUUUUUUUUCUUUUGACAUUUUAGUCUUUCUAUCCAUCAAAGGAUAUUUAUUGUUGGCCUUGUUUA